CGCCUCCAAAGUCAUGCACCGGAAGUGGGCCUGAGCCUGCCCAGUGGAGGCACCCAAUGAGCGGCCCGCCACGGGUUCGGCGAAGAUGGUGGGCGCGGGCAGCGGCGCUGGCCUUGGCGGCCUCUUGGAGAAUGCGAACCCGCUGAUCUACCAACGGUCCGGGGAGCGGCCUGUCACCGCUGGCGAGGAAGAUGACCAAGUCCCUGAUAGCAUUGACGACCGAGAGAUCUUCGACCUGAUCCGGUCCAUCAAUGACCCAGAGCACCCGCUCACCUUGGAGGAGCUGAAUGUGGUGGAACAAGUCCGGGUGAAAGUUAAUGACAGGGAGAGUACAGUGGCUGUGGAAUUUACUCCCACAAUCCCUCACUGCAGCAUGGCAACAUUAAUCGGUCUGUCCAUCAAAGUCAAGCUGAUCCGCUCCCUGCCGGAAAGGUUCAAGAUGGAUGUUCACAUUACCCCUGGGACGCAUGCCUCAGAACAUGCUGGUGAGUAUGGGUCUCCAGUCCCACACUUUUCCAUUUUCAGUUCCAGUGGAAACACCCAAGAAAGGAUGGGAUUAGGGUGGUUUUUUUCCUUAUUUCCAGCCAUGCAGCAUGAAAUCUUUCUUCAUUUCUGGGGUCUGAAUUAGAGGAAGCAACUUUUUCCCGAUUCCAUUUCCUAAAAUCAUGAUGAGAGCCAGAGGAGAGAUCUGGAUUAAAAUCUGGAUACCAUCACCAUAUCUUUGUCAUCCAUCCCUAAUUUCCCUCUUUCCUUUGCCAAAGUUCCCCGAACAUCUAGCUCCCUUCCUUCCGCCCCCCCCCCCCCAAUAUAUCCACUCCCUCAAGGUGGGGGAACUUAGUGGAGGUUUGGUCCAAAGGAUUGUGUUCCACUUGGAGUGAAAGGAAGCCAGGAGUAGGGCAAAUGAACAGAUGCCAACUGGAUCCUGGUUUCUUGUUGAAUUGCUAGAUGGUAUGGGAAAUUUUGCACCAUCUAAAUGAAUUGGGGGGGGGGGGGGGGAAGGACAUUUUGAGCAAAAAGGAGCCAGACAUGGGGUAUUUGGGGCUUUUUCCCCACCCAGCCUUUUGUGCUGACCCAAUUAAAGGCAAAUUUGGACUCAUUCAGUGAGUACUUGUUAACUGCUUCCUGGGUGCCUGCAUUUGAUUUGUGGCAGAUGAGGGAGUGGGGUAGCAAAGGAGGAGCAUUAGGCAAUUUUAUGGGGGGAUAAUUCUUAACCUAAUUUUUGAGAAAGAAACUAAACAAUUCAAGACAGUCCCAUGAUAGGAAAUAUGAGUAUUAUGUGAGGUAUAGAGAUAUCACUUAUCAUUACCCUCAUUAUUACUGUGGAUGGCAUUAUUUUACAAAUUAUAAGUGCUUAGGAAAAUCCAAAUAAAAGGAACUGCUAUGGAUUAGGAUUCAUUUGGAAGGUUCAUAGGGAAUAGAGCCUAAGGAUAUAGAUGAAUGGAAAAAUGAAGAUGGAUGGCAACUGUCAGGGAGAAGAGAGUAGACAAAGAAAUGAGGGGCAAUGCAGGACUUUGCGGGAAGUCCCGCAUGGAUUUCCAGCAGAGUGAGUGGACUGGCCUGAGAGGAGUGUGAGAUAAAGGUUCAGGCAGAGCCAGACUAUUACUGUGACCUGCUGAGGCAUACAGAAUUUACCUUGCAGAAAAGUGGAAGCCAGGGGAAGUUUUAGACAAGAAAGUGAGGGUUUGAAGUGGCAUUUUGGAACGGUUUUCUGGUGACCUGGGUGGGAUCAAUUAGAGGCCAAAAUCUGAAAACAGGGAUGCUUGUUGCUUUACUGAAGAAGCACAAGUAUGGAAUGAAAAUGACUGAACAAGGGUUAUGGUCUUGGGGUAUAGAAAUCUGAUUGGUUUGAGAUGAUAAUGCACAAAGACAAUUGUCAUUCUCGGUCACCGAGAGACUACCACUAUUUUGAAGUAAGAAACAACAGACUAAUUAACUAUAUAGAGAAGAGUUAGAACAGCAGAAAAAACAUUGAGCCAAAUGAGUUCUAGGUCUGGUUUUCCAUAGCUGUGGCUUGAGAAAAGUCAGCCUUCUCUCAACCCCACAGUGUCUUCUGAAAUGAGGAUUUGGACUGAAGAGAUCUCUCAGGUCCAUCUAUUCUAAUCCUCAUGCUUUGUUCCGGGUCCCUUACAGCUCCAUCAUUCUGUCAUAAUGUCCUUUUCAGCUCUAAUAUUCUCUGCUGCCUACCCUCAGACUGUGGGACUGAUAGACAAGAGGUGCUGAGAAGCAGUGGGGAUAUGCUUGGCCCUGACAGUGGUGGGGAAGGGCCAAGGCAGGGACCAUGUCCUCACUCCUCCCGUCUCUGCUUGUGUCUUGUCCAGUGAACAAACAGCUUGCUGACAAGGAGCGCGUUGCAGCAGCUUUGGAGAAUUCCCAUUUGCUGGAAGUGGUAAACCAAUGUCUGUCAGCCCGUUCCUAGUACACCUAGGAGAGCAGCCAUCUCUCAAGGAUCCUGCAGCUCUCAAUUUCUUUUCUGCCUUCCCACCUCACCCCCAUUUGUGUCUGAGGAAAACUACAUGGAAAUGCCAUGCCUACUGUGGCCACUUGGCAAAUGACUGUCUACGUGGGCACAAGGAGAUCCAAGUAGAUGAGUUGGGCCUCUGAAGAGGACAUUUGAGAUAUCUUAAUAAACCUUUAAUUUCUGCUCCACUGUCACAAAAA